UCCUGUGUGGUGCAGCCAGUCCUGAUAGCAGUUAGUACCACUGCAAAACGCUGUUGCCUAUUUGUCGCUCCAGACUGAGCGCUUAGCAGAAAUGCAGCGGAAUGACGCUGGCACAGCGCCCACUGCAGUCAGCACAUCACACUCCUAACAUCACGCCUCGCUGGCAUCCCCUCUAAUUGGUUCCACGCAAGCCACCGCGCGAAGGGCUCACCUGCUUUAAUUGGACUAUCGCGACAAGUUGCCGAAGUGACGUCAAUGCAACUGGUUGCCUACUUCCAGCUGUCACGAGGAUAUCUGACGAUUUUUGCGCGAGCAUAACUGGGUGUCGAGAAGGACCGCAGCAGUCGCGCGAGCGAGGGAACGUACUGUUCGCCAGACCGACAAGAGAGUCAGACAGCUUACCAUGUUGAUGGAUGGAUGCAGGGCAGAGGACUCAGAGCGUCUCGGCAUGGACCACAUAGCUUCUAGUUGAGCAGGAGAGCAGGGAUAUUGACUUUUUACGUUGAUCCAAACUCUGGAAUAGGUUGUUUCCCUCCCCAGAAGGUGGGACUGGAUACAGAAUAUUUUCCAUCCUCAUUUUUGACAUCGACAAUUAUUUUUUUUAUUAUCAUCAUUUUAAAAUAUUUAUUUAUUUAUUUAUUUUUAUUUAUUUUUGUUUUUGCGCAAGUGGUUGGUGCGCCCCUGCUUUUAAGGACCAAUGGGUUGUACAGUGAGCGCCGAGGAUAAAGCUGCCGCGGAGAGGUCAAAGAUGAUUGACAAAAACCUCCGAGAAGAUGGGGAGAAGGCAGCCAGAGAAGUGAAAUUGCUUUUAUUAGGUGCUGGGGAGUCUGGGAAGAGCACCAUUGUAAAGCAAAUGAAGAUCAUCCAUGAAGACGGCUACUCAGAGGAUGAGUGUAAGCAGUAUCGAGCUGUUGUUUACAGUAAUACCAUCCAGUCUAUUAUGGCCAUUGUAAAAGCCAUGACAAGUCUCAAGAUAGACUACAGCAACUCUGCUAGAGCGGACGAUGCCCAGCAGCUCUUUGCCCUUUCUGCAGCUGCAGAGGAGCAGGGCAUUCUUCCUGAUGACUUGGCCAAUGUGAUCAGGCGACUGUGGGCAGACAGUGGCAUACAAAGCUGCUUUUCCAGGUCUCGAGAAUACCAGCUCAACGACUCUGCAGCAUAUUACCUGAAUGACCUGGAGAGGAUAGCAAAAGCAGAUUACAUUCCCACCCAGCAGGAUGUGCUACGAACUCGGGUCAAGACUACAGGCAUUGUCGAGACUCACUUCACCUUCAAGGAACUGCACUUCAAAAUGUUUGACGUGGGAGGCCAACGCUCAGAGAGAAAGAAGUGGAUUCACUGUUUUGAAGGAGUAACAGCCAUUAUCUUUUGUGUUGCACUGAGCGCUUAUGACCUGGUGCUGGCUGAGGAUGAGGAGAUGAACCGAAUGCACGAGAGCAUGAAGCUUUUUGACUCCAUCUGCAACAACAAAUGGUUCACUGAAACCUCCAUCAUCCUCUUCCUUAACAAGAAAGACCUCUUUGAGGAGAAGAUUACCCGCAGCCCCCUCACCAUCUGCUUCCCUGAAUACGCAGGGGCCAACAAGUUUGAUGAAGCUGCCAGCUAUAUCCAGACCCAGUUUGAAGAUCUGAACAAGAAAAAGGACACCAAGGAGAUCUACACCCACUUCACCUGUGCCACUGACACCAAGAACGUGCAGUUUGUCUUUGAUGCAGUCACUGAUGUUAUUAUUAAGAACAACCUGAAAGACUGUGGUCUUUUCUAAAGGAUGAUGCCCAUUGCACACAGACUGCAUGAGAGACUGCAAUAGCCAUGUGAUGAUUACUGCUUUUCAUAAUGAAAACCAUGACAGACUUGAUUACUGGAGGAGGAACCUGACAGAACCCUGAAAUCACUGAUUUGCAAUCAUCACUUUCUCUGUCACACCUGUUAUCAUUACUUUAUAUAUAUAUAUAUUUUUCUUACUGCUCUUUGUAGGGGUUCUUAUUCUGUUAAUGCUGAGCAUCUGCAUACAUAUAUUGGACAAAUGACUCUAAUUUGAUAAGAGCAAUCAUUCAAAAAUCAAGGCAUUGUGAUCAGAUCUGUAACAUGACAGUUUAACUCAUCAGCCGUGUAGCUUUAGUUGAAAACAAUUGUCAGAAGAGCAAAACAUUUUGUAAUUAGAACCCUUCAUCUCAUCACAGCACAGUGCAAAUGGAAAGAUAUUUAAUUAUUAAUAGGUUUUCAUGGACCAGUCUAAGAACUGUUCAUUUGAUUGUUUGAUUUGCUCAGUUUAUUAAUUUCCAUUCAGGUUUCUUAGUUGAGUUAUUAUGGUUUUCAUUUUACUUUUUUGCCUUUUUGCUUUGGAAGUUUAAGAAGAAGACA